AAAUUUGGUCGAGUAAAACCAGUCAGCCGGAGUUUGGAGAAGUUAAGAUAGGCAACGUGUUUUGGUGCAGGUGCUGAUACAACAAGCUUAAAGCAAGUAACUUGCUUUUUUUUGUAGUAUAUAGAGGACAUUUUCUAGACUGCGUUUCUGGAGUCUAUUCGCUUUUUUUUAUAUCGACAUUCAAGGCAAGCAAACAAUUGCUUUAAAGGAAAGCAUGGCGCUGUGUUUGUCUCCCCCGUAUGGGUGUCGCUCUGAUGAGGAGGAGGAGAUGGCUGUGUUUGAGUCCACAGCAGCAGAGCAUGGAGGCAUGGCCAGACCACGUCUACCAGAGAUCUCUGUCAUUUCCCCGGGGCUCGAAACCAGGUCGACCAUUACACAGCUGAAACCUGGCAACGUGGAUGAGGGAACCUCGGAAAGGGUGAAAGUUUUCCUGCGCAUUCGCCCACUUACUGACUCAGAAGAAGGAGAGGAGCAGGGCUGUGUGUCUAUCCAGGAUGAGCAGACGUUGCUGCUCAGAGCUCCAGCUGAGUCUCAGAACAUGAGGAUGGCAGAGAGGGGAAUCACCCAAAGCAUUCACAAGUUCAGUUUCUCAAAGAUAUAUGGUCCAGCAUCGACUCAGCAACAGCUUUAUGAGGGCACAAUGAAGAAGAUGGUGAAUGAUGUUCUCAAAGGAGAAAAUAGGCUCCUCUACACUUAUGGCGUCACCAACUCUGGAAAGACUUACACCAUUCAAGGCUGUGGUCGAGAGGCAGGCCUGUUGCCGCGGGCUCUGGUGUCUCUGUUCAGAAAGGUGCAGGGUCGUCUCUAUGGUGCCAUGGACCUGAAGCCGGUCCUGUAUCAGGAUGUGAGGCAGCUUGACACUUGUGAGAUCAAGGCGGAGGAAAUCCGGAGAAACUCUCUCCUCAAAGAGGAUGAAAAUCAAUCUUCUCGUCGAGCUGGUACCACCUCAGCCUGGGACAGCGGCAUUGGAGGCCUUUCUUCCACCACACACAUUGCCUCUCAGCUCGAAGACACAGAGAGCGUGUGUCUGGAUCCCGACAGUCUUUCUCUCAGCGGAGGCGCCGACCUGGAGGAAGGGGUGCAGUUUUCCAUCUGGGUGUCCUUCUUUGAGAUUUACAACGAGUUCCUGUACGACCUGCUGGAUGCUUCGCCUUCCCAGCAACCCCGAAAAAGAGUUACCCUGCGACUCAGUGACGACAAGCAGGGCAACCCCUAUGUCAAAGACCUCACUUGGAUCCAGAUUCGCAGCGCUGAGGAAGCUUGGAGGAUCCUGAAGGCUGGCCGUCGUAACCAAAGCUUUGCCAGCACUCAUCUAAACCAAAACUCAAGCAGAAGCCACAGCAUCUUCUCCAUCCGUGUCCUUCAUGUUCACCCAGAAGCCAGUUCAGGCCAGGCCAUGCGGAUCAGCGAACUGACUGUGUGCGAUCUGGCCGGGUCCGAGCGCUGUAAAGAGCACCGUAACGGCGAGAGGAUGAAGGAGGCCAACAACAUCAACACCUCCCUCCUGACGCUGGGGCGCUGCAUCGCUGCUUUAAGACACAACCAGAACAAGUCAAGACCCGCGCAGGUAGUGCCCUUCAGGGAUAGCAAACUGACCCGCAUCCUGCAGGGCUUCUUCUGCGGCAGAGGAACCUCCUCCAUGGUGGUCAACAUCAACCCAUGUUCCUCCAUCUAUGACGAGACCCUUCAGGCACUCAAGUUCUCUGCUAUAGCUACACAGCUCGUCCAUGGCCCGUCCACGAAGACCAGAGUGGCCUACAUCCUGUCCCUGCUCCAAGAACAAGGACCGAAUGGCAAAGACAAAACUGUGAUAGAGGAAGAGGAGGAAAGUGAUGUUGAAGAUGGGGAUAUUACCUUGCUGAAUAUGGAGUACUUGCUGCAGGUCAUCGAUGUCCUGAGGAGAGAGGUGCAGCGCCAGCGGAAAGAGAAAGAGGUCCUCGAGGCUAAUGUGAGAGAGGAGGUGGUCUCAGAAAUGACGGAACUCAUCAAAAGAAUGCAAGAAGGAUUCACCGAGAGCUUGGAGGCUCAGAGUGCUCUGCUUGAGAAGAGGUGUGAGGACAAAGUGAAUAUCCUGCAGAAAUACUGGAACCAGUUCUACACCCAGGAGAUGAAGGAGCGCGACGAGGAAAUCGAAGAUUUGACUGCUGCCCUCGAAGAAAAGAAGAGGCAGGAAGGUGACCCACCCAUCACUGCGCCACUCGCAGAGACGCAGGGGCCUCGGCGGUCUCACCGCAUUUCGUCGCAGACCGAAGUGAACAGGCUGCGCGCUGAACUCAGCCAGUGUCGCGCCGAGCUUCUCGCCAAGACGCAGGAAAUGAAGCUGGAAGCGACGGGUACAGCCGGCGCCCUCACCACUGCAGCCGAGCGCAAGCUGCAGGACGGUCAGCGGAACUUGCACCAGCUCAGACAGGAUUUGCAGAAGCUGGGAGUGGAUCUCCAGACUGGGGAAAGAGCUUGCUGCAGCAGUACAGGAGGGGAGAGGCUGAGGCGCACCCUUAAAGCUGCAGAUCAGAGAAUAGCCAAACAGAACCAGAUCCUGCUGGAGCUUCAGAACGACCUGACACUGGUCAAAGCAGACUUGCGGCGGAAAGCGGACACCCUGGCGGGGCUAGCCCAGCCCCCCACGGCAGCGUUCGCCACACCAGCCACUCCCGGCUCCUGCAACAAGAGGGUCUGCAUGCCGAGCGAAGUGGAAAACCGGCCGCCGCAGAAGCGGCCCUUCCUCCACUCUCUGUUCCCGACGCGCACCCCGACGCGUAAAUACAACACGCGCGCAGCUCAGGAAGCGACCUUGACUCCGUCCUCGCAUAUCUUGCGGUCUCGGCAGCCUUCUCCGCCCCCCAGCCCCGUCCCCACCCGGUGGGCUCUCAGAGGGAACCGCUGAGGUUUUAAGAGCUUUCUGAUAUGAUGCAAAAACUAACCGCUGCCUACCUUUAUAUUUUUGUACUGUUUUUUCCUAUAAUAUAUAUUUUUUGCAGUGUUGUUCACUCAGUCAUCCAGUAUAUGGCUUUAUUGUAAAAUAAUCAAUACAGUAAGGACUGUAAGGUCAGAAUUGUGCAUGUUAAUCUGCUUUGUGUGAUGCCUUGGCUGUACACAUUCGCCUAACACAGUUAUAAAAUGAGGUUUAAACUGUUUCUGAUUACAAUGAAAGCCACACACAGCUUAUCACAACGACACUGCUAUAAGAGUUAACUUGCUCCUUCUGCCUGUUCCUGUCUUCUAGUGAAUCUGUCCUAAAAUCUUUUUAGAAACUUGUUCUGUCGUGUCCCAUCGUCCGGGCUAAGUGCUACAAAUGUUUUUAUUUGUUUAAGUUGGUUUGGGAUUCUUUUUGUGUUUCAAAUUGGGAUUUCAAGAGAAUGUGUUUAAAUGUUUUUAUUAAAAAUCCUGUUGUAUACUGUGGCAAUUUAAAGAUGCUGUCCAAUGGUGUGUAUCCCCCAUUCCAAAGAAACAACUACAAAGGUA